AUGAGACUAUUAUUUUUUAUUUUUUUACAAAUAUACAUUACUAAAGGAUAAGAAACUUGGGAAACCCUUUACACAAGUUUUCAAUCUGAUGACCAAAAUGAUGCAAAUGGUUAUUUUUAUCAUAAAUUAUUUAGGUUGGAUAUUAAGCAAUAAUUAUAAUGAAAAAAUAUUUACUACUUGUAAAUCCUCUUUAUUAUUUGGAGGAUAUAAUGCAUUUGGGACGAAUACAAUAGUAUCAAAGUAAUUUAAUAUGCCUCCUCAUUAUAAAAUAAAUAUUACCUUUGAAUUCUGGAAGUAUUGCUAAAUAAAAUAUAGAAUCGAUUGUUGGGAUACUGAAUUUGCUUAUAUAAUUACAGAGGAUACAUUUUGGUCAAGGAGUUAUACUUGUACACAAGGGGAAUAAUAAUGUGGAGGCGCAGUAGGCUGGGAUGAAUAUAUUUAAUCAAUUACUUUUGAGAUGAAUCAUUACUAAGAAUCUUUAAUAUUUAUAGUGACUACAAAUCUGGAUGGUACACCAAAUGAUGUAAAACUUAAUUAAUAUAAAAGGAAAGUUGGGGAAUGAGAGGUUUUUCACUUUCAAUUUUAAGAUGUCCUUAAGGUUGUAUAUAUUGUUAAGAUAAUAAUAUUAAUAAUUGUUUUUAUUGA